CCACAGCCUGCAUCUGAGCCUCACACCAACAAGGACCCCUCCAUCUGCCAUACACUGCAUCUUUAAAAGCCAGGCUCAGGAAGCCCUUUUUCCCUUCUUCUCUCCUCCUUCCCACCAAGGAAAACAAACCUCCAAACUGCCUGCAUCUAACCUCAGCGAACUAUGGCUGCCAGAUCGUCAGAUAGAUUUUAUCUCUUGUCCGAUAUCAACAUUCCGGACGCAAGUUUGAUCGACAGCUCAUCCGGUAACGGUGAAAGCGUAAUUGAUCUGCGCGAUCUCAGUCAGGGGCCACGUGAUUUGUUUCAUAGCGACUUGACCAAUACACCACCGAAAGAUGUCAAUCAUGGCAAUCAACCUCAUACUUUGCCAGUGCAGACUAAUAAAUCUAAACGCCACUGCUCGGGCCAUUUCGUCACUCUUAUUAUACUGGGCAUGUAUACCAGCAUCUUGUCCGGCAUCUUCUUCAUUAUCGCGUGUAUUAAGCCCUUCUACGGCAAUUUGAUUGGUAACAAUGCUAGCCUAACUGCCUCUUCCGCAUCUUUGCUAAGCGCCCUAUUGGCCAAGUCAAUUGAGCUCUCCUAUGUCACAGUUUGUAUCAUAUUCCUGGGACAGCUGUUGAGUCGACGAGCUCUCGCGCAGAGGUCUGAGGGCGUCGGCAUUGCCGACAUAACACUGCGAACCUGGAUUACGCAGCCUGGAUCACUACUGAUGCAAUGGGAUAUGCUGCGCUAUAUCGGCUGGACAAUGCUUGGUGGGUUAACGCUGAUUAUUACUCUAGCGGCGAUGCUAUAUACCACAGCUGCUGAAGCCUUGGUAUCUCCAACCUUGGUUAUGGGCCCCGUCCAACCGCGACUUCUUCAGGGAAAUGUUUCUACCCACUAUUCGAAUGUUAAUUAUAUAGAGAAAACCUGUCAGAGUCCAAUCACUGCCACCGUUGACCCCCAAAGUCGGGGUGAGACCUGCCAAGCGUUGGAGGUAGCCGGCCAUUCAAACCAUGAUUACUAUCAAUUCCUGCAAGGUUGGGCCGAAAUGCUGAAAGCUGGGAAUAACACGUCGACAGCUCUCGUACAUCGCCCGCAGCCACAUGCCUUGUUAUACGACAAUACCACAGUAACCGGUCGCUGGAUAGAAAUCGUUAACACCACCGCUGUUUCCGAACGAUAUAAUCGCGUUGUUAAUAACGUCACUGCUGCCUACCCACACGGGGGUUUGUUCGCUGCAGCACGCGACCCCGCAAAUAAUAUCCAACAGCCAGUCGACUUGUCUGGUGAGGGCAAGUAUAUCAUUCAAGCCUCUCUUCCUUCGCCUGCAAUCAAUGUGAUGUGCGUUGGCAUGUCGCAUGACGAGCUGAAACCUUUAAUCUACACCGAGUGGCCCAACUAUAGGCCAUUCAAUCUAUCGACUUGGGAAACCUGUGGGCCAGUGCACCAAAUUAAGACAAACCGUACCGUCGUCGACAAUCUCUUCGGGUUCAGCGAAGACCAAGCCGCCCCUGUUUUCCCGAUCUACCCCGAACACCACAACACCAUCAUAAAUCCCAAAGUUAACACAACCAUCGGCAACACAACCCUCUACCUUUUAGGGACCGCUCCCCCAAGCCACGAUCCACAGUACGUUCUCUGCAGCAUGCGCGGAAAGCUUUCAGGUCGCUGCUCAGUGCAGUACCAGGUUAGCCCAAGUGGCGGUAAUCUGAGCUCCCGCUGCGAAGACGCAGCUGAUAAACUCCAGUAUAACCGGAUACAUCCUGACAUGGCAGAGGAGCCGUACCUCCAAGACUGGCAGACUGCGGCAUGGGACUGGGCUAACACAGUAACACUUGCGUCAGGCCUAAUGAGUGACUAUGCCAGUAUUGAACGCUCGCUGAUGGAAUUGGUUCUCAGUUUUGAUAAAACUACUAAUUCCUCUUCACUGGAUGCUCGACUCCCCUCUCUUAGUGAGGCUUUGGCUGUCUUGGCGGGGAGUACCGCACUUAUAGGCAGUCAGGGUUCUCCAUUCGUUCCGUAUUGGAACUACUCGGAGCCUAAUCUCACUACUCCAGUCGUGCAGGUGUUUAACGCGACGCUGCAGUCUACGGGCUAUGCAUCUGGCUGGACAAGUGACUGGCAGCAGGUGUUUUAUAUAAUUCUUGCUGUAGUCUUCUUGACGAAUAUUCUGUGUCUGGGAUUCAUUAUCUUUCAAGGACGCGGGAAGCUUGUCACAGAUUUCACAGAACCAUCGAAUCUGUUCGCUUUAGCUGUGAAUAGUUCGGACACGGUACAUGCGUGGUCUGGAGUGCCGCUGGGAGGGCCAAGGCCUCCGCGCUUGUGCGAUCGAUGGCAUGUGGAUAUGUGCGAGAACGGGCAAUAUUUCAUUCGUACCCGCGGACAGUUGCAGUACUCGGAGGGUGAGGCAGCGAACUAAUGAACAUGAACUGACGUUCAGGUUUUGGUGGGGGGCUUUCCUUUUUUUUCUUCUUUUCUUUCUUUUCUUUCUCUUUUCCCACUGCAUUGCAGGUGUUACCGAAUAGUGUUUAUUGCAUUAGACAGAUCGUAUUGUAAUAAGGUAUUUUAAGAAUAUUUGAGAUUUCCUUUUGAUUGGAUUUUAUGUGACGGC